CAAACAUAGCAUUCGGAGAAAUUUAGACCACCAGACCGGUUGGGUACGUUUUGAAGCUUUUUUAGGUUAAACAAGCGCACGAAAUCAAAUUUCAAGUAUCACACUUUCACCCCCUUUCUCUCUCCUCCCGGAAAAUCAUCUUUAUACUCAACUCUCCAGUGGUUUGAAUCAAGAUGUAUAAUGGGAUAGGGUUACAGACGCCAAGGGGUUCUGGAACAAAUGGAUAUGUCCAAACCAACAAGUUUUUGAUUCGGGGGAAGACAUCGAAAGUGGCGGUGGAUGGAAACAAGGGAUUUGGCCCUGAUCAGGGUAUGGGUGGUAUCAGCAAGAAGGCGAACAAGGAGAUUCUGGAGCACGAUCGAAAGCGUCAGAUCGAGCUCAAGCUCGUGAUCUUGGAGGAUAAGCUUAGUGAACAGGGUUACACUGAUUCUGAGAUUGCUGAGAAGUGUGAGGAGCUUCGGUGUAAGCUCGAAGCUGAGGCUACUGAUUCUGCUCCGGAUGGUUAUGGCGGUGGCGCUCUUCUUUCAGAUAAGAAGGUAUCAGAUACUGAAACUCACCAAAUUGCGGCUCGGAAAGAGAUGCAAAUGGAAAAACUGAGAUUUGCCCUUGGAAUUACGGAACCUAAUGUUGAUGCAAUCAAGCAUAUUGAUGACAACAGUGAAAGGGAAGAAGGGGAAAUUUUGCAUGAUGAAUCCGGUGAUGAGGAUGUGAAGAUUGAGAGGCAUUAUGAUGAUGAUGACAUAAGCAAGAAUCAACGGGAGAACACGAGAAAGGAAGAAAAAAGGAAAAAGGGUGACCGUGAGUCUCCUGAUUCUGAAAGUACAGAGGAGAGCAGUGAUUCAGAAGCUGAUUCUGAUCGAGAAACGGAGAGGAAGCAAAGAUCCACCAGGUUGCCAAAGAAAAAUAUCUCUAACGACAAGCAUGACUGGGAUAGAGGGCGUCAAAAGGAGGUUGGCAAGCAUGUGUCGAAAAGGCAUGAUCCAAGCAGUGAUUCAGAUCAUAGCAAUAAGUCUUCUGAUGAUAAAACUAUGAAGUCUGAGCAGCAUUUGACAAGAAUUAGACAUGAUUCUGGCAAUGAGCGUACUGAUACUUACAAGAAGAGAUCCACUUCUGAUAGAGGGAUGCGAUCAGUUGAAAGCAACAGGAGCAAGAUAAAUGAUGUUGAUAGGGAUGAUAGAGGCAGAAGACACGAGGAUAACUACUACAAGAGCUCUGAUUAUUCUGGUCAAGGCACAAAGGUGCUUGAACCUGAGAGAAGUAAAAAAGGUAAGAGUUAUGAUACCGAUGAGGAUGUUUCUGAUUCAGACUAUGAAGAAAAAAAGGAGAAGAGUCGCAGGAGAGGAAGGCAUGGUUCUGGGGAUGAUGAUUCUGAUGUUGAAACAAAAGCAUAUGAAAAUAGUAAGAAUAAAGAGAAGCAUUCAAGCUAUCCAAAGAGCCAGACAGACUCAAAGACGAAAGGAACUGAUAAGGAGCUCGGUGGUGAUGGAGGAAGAACUGUGCAUGAGCAUGCUGAUGACAGGAGAACGCAUAAGAGGAUUGAUGAUGAACAACGUUAUAGAAAGCAUGAGAGGUUGGGCGCUGAUGAUGGAAGUAGGAAGCGUGAAAAGAGAGCAGAUGGUGAGCAUGCCAGUAGGAGACAUGAAAACAGAGAGGACGCCUUGCAAGGAGGCAGAAAGCAGGAAAAGGAGGAUAUUGACCAAGAAAGGAGAAAAUGGGAAAAGAAGGUGCCAGAUGAUCUUGAAAGGAGAAAGAAGGUGCCAGAUGAUCUUGAAAGGAGAAAGAAGGAUGUGGACGAGGAUGACUACAAUCGGCGAAAGAUAGAAAGGGAGGAAAAGGUGAUGCAUGUAAAAAGAGGCCGGGAAAGAAGAGAGGAGGAUGGGUCGCUAAAGAGAAAGCUGGAAAGGAGAAAGGACGAUGAUGAGGAAAGGGAGGUAGACGAAUACAAAAGUAGUAAGCGUGAAAGAAGGGAGGAGUUUGAGCAGGGAGGAAGAAAGAGGGGAAGUAGGGAAGAUGAUUUAAAUCAAGGAAGGAAUUCGGAGAGGAGGGAGGAUGAUGAGCAUGCUAGUAAAAAUGAUGAUCAGGAGCUUCGCAAGAAGAGAGAGCAGAAGGAGGAUGAUGAAUUUAGAGGUAGAAAGCACGAAAGAAAGGAAGAGUAUGAGCAGGGAGGAAGAAAGGAUAAUCAAGAGCUUCUAAGAAAGAAAGAGCUGAAGGAGGAGGAUGAGUUCAGAGGUAAAAAGCACGAAAAAAAGGAAGAGUAUGAGCAGGGAGGAAGAAAGAGGGAAAGUAAGCAAGAAGAUGGGAAGCUGGGAAGGAAUUUGGAAAGGAGGGAGGGAGAUGAGUAUGUUAGUAGAAAGCGUGAGAGAGGGGAAGAAGAGCAAGGAGGCAGUAAGCGGGUUAGGCAGGAUGAAGAAGACCAUGGAGGUAAUUAUCGAGAAAGAAGAGACCAAGAGCAGAAAAGUAGAAAUGAGAGGAAGGAGCAAGAUAGGCAUGAACGGAAAAAUAGAGAUAGACUGGAUGAGGAAGAUCACGAAAGGAAAAGACAUGAAAAGGAAGAAGGUUCUCCCAGGAAACAUGAGACACACCGACGUGAUGAUGUUCGUAGGAAACAUUGAUGCAACUGGCAGGUAAUGCAGCUAAAGAAACCGGCAGGAAGUAUAAAGUUUAUGCUGUGGAGAAAAUUCCUAAUUGCCUUAAUUACCCUUCAUGGUUCAUGGUUAUGUUCACUUCUUUGAUGGGACAUAUGGGAGUUAGAUAGAGCUGAUAGAAUGGUUUCUGGCAGAGCAACUAGCGUCUGGAGCUGAAUGUUUCUAGUGUUACUAUGAGUAUGCUGGGGAGUGUUGGCUACUUGGCUGACCUUUCAUAGAAAAACAGUAUGACAUGCUGGAAUCUUGUAGGUCUGCUGGUGGUGUUUUAUAUGCAAUGUGAGUUCAACAGAUAUCUCCAGGUUCAUGCACACUAAAUUUCGUUUUAUUCUCUUUUGCUGUUUUAUUUGGGGAGUUGUAACCUCACCCUUUCAGGCUGUAUGUAAAUGUUGCCUGCUUUUGUAAUUCAUAUUGUGAGGUCUGGCUGUCUGUGUUGAUUACUAAGACAUCCACUGCACUGUUUUAUCCUAUAACAUCCCGUUGAUACAUUAUAAGUCUUCGCCAGAGUUUUUGCA